CCGCUUUGGUGAUCUGUGUCAGUCCGGAGACAGCCGUGGGUGCCCCGAGCUUGAGAGGGCGGGGGCAGGAUGGACGCGGCUACUCUCACCUAUGAUACUCUCAGGUUUGAGUAUGAAGACUUCCCAGAAACCAAAGAGCCUGUUUGGAUCCUGGGAAGAAAAUACAGUGCUCUAACAGAGAAAGAGGAGAUUUUGUUGGAUGUGACUUCUCGUCUUUGGUUCACAUAUAGAAAAGGCUUUCCAGCCAUUGGGGGAACGGGUCCGACAUCUGACACUGGUUGGGGUUGCAUGCUAAGAUGUGGCCAGAUGAUUUUUGCCCAAGCCUUGGUUGGCAGGCACUUAGGUAGAGAUUGGAGGUGGAUGAAAGGGAAGAAACAGACAGACAACUAUUACAAUGUUUGGAAUGCUUUCAUUGAUAAAAAAGACAGUUACUAUUCAAUCCACCAAAUAGCCCAGAUGGGAGUUGGAGAAGGCAAAUCCAUAGGCCAGUGGUAUGGACCAAAUACAGUUGCACAAGUACUCAAGUAA